UUCGUUCGAAUGAAUGAUUUAUCAUCAGCUUUUCAAUAUUUACAUUUGCCGCACGUUUUCAUACGUGUUUGAUUUUAUUUGGCAAUGGAUUGUUUUAUAUAGAGUUCAAUAUGAUGACAUUUGGCAAGAAGUUGUUAACCAUAUCAUCAUUGGUGAUUUGUAUAUGGAUUAUUAUUGGAAUGCUUAUUUACAGAUCUACCAUCUUUUCAAGUCCACACAUCAAAAUACAUUCUGUAGCUAAAACUGUUGAAGAUGAGAUAGAAGCAUGCAAGAGCAAAGAUCAAAAAUUGAGUCCUGUUUUUUGGCGAAAGAUAAAUUAUUUAAAAAAUGAAAUUCCUGAAGAAUUUAAAAAACUAGUCAAUGAAGUGGAAGUUCAUUCAAAUUUCACCCUUAUUCAUGAUUCAAAAGUUCAUUACCUUUAUGUGAAACCAAGCAAUAAAAAGAAUCUCUCAGUUUUGCUUUUGCAUGGGCAAUCAUUUACAUCUGACACAUGGAAUAAAUUGCAUACAAUUCAGUAUAUUGGUGCUUUUGGUUACUUUGCUGUCGCUGUUGAUUUGCCAGGGUAUGGCAACAGCCCAACUAUUGAGAAUCUCAAAAGAGUUGAAUUUCUGUCAUCAGUCAUUGACUCAUUAAACAUGGAAAAUGUUGUGAUCAUUAGUCCGAGCAUGAGUGGUAUGUUUUCUUUAGAAUUUCUCAUGAAACAUCCAGAAAAACUGAGUGGUUUCAUUCCUGUAUCUCCAGUUAGCUCGCAGAUUCUUAAUCAAAGCCCAUGCAAAGGCCCUGACAACUAUACUGGUUUAUAUUUUGACCGGGAUUGCCAGAAAGUACUUCCAUUUCUGAAAUCUAAUCCUCCAGUUCUGAAUUGCAUUAAGGUUCCCACUUUAGUUGUAUUUGGAGAACAUGAUAAAACUAAAAGUUCUGCCAGAUUAUGUCUUUUACCGAAUUCUCAAGGAGCUGAAAUACCAAAUGGUAAACAUGCUGCAUAUUUAAGUGAUCCAGAACUUUGGCAUAAAUUAUUAUACAAUUACUUGAACACACUGAGUGGCACUCUUCCAUGUUUGUAAAUAUAAAUAUAUAUGUAUUUUUCUUGUCCAA